AUGGCCUCCUCCUCCUCCUCACCGUUGCCCGCCCUGGCCGGGGAGGCGCUACGCCAGAAACGCAUCCUCUCCAGCAAGCUCUACCUCGAGGUCCCCUCCUCCAAGGCGCCGGUGGUGUACUCGCCGGCAUACGACAUCUCCUUCCUCGGGCUUGAGAAGCUGCACCCGUUUGAUUCCGCCAAAUGGGGCCGCAUCUGUAGGUACCUCACCAGGGAAGGGUACCUGGACAAGAAACGGAUGGUGGAGCCAUUGGAAGCCUGCAAGGAGGACUUGCUAGUGGUGCACACAGAGGCGUAUCUGAACAGUCUCAAAAGCAGCUUCAGAGUUUCCUCCAUUGUAGAGGUCCCUCCUGUGUCGCUUGUCCCUAAUUGGAUUGUGCACAAAAAGCUAUUAUACCCCUUCCGGAAGCAGGUGGGUGGGUCCAUUUUAUCAGCCAAACUUGCGAUUGAGAGAGGAUGGGCCAUUAAUGUUGGUGGAGGAUUUCACCAUUGUUCGGCAGAUGAAGGGGGUGGAUUUUGUGCAUACGCUGACAUCUCUCUGUGCAUCCAGUUUGCUUUUGUCCGUCUAAAUAUCUCAAGUGUAUUGAUCUUAGACCUGGAUGCCCACCAAGGAAAUGGACACGAAAAAGAUUUUGCUAAUGAUGGAAGGGUUUACAUUUUAGACAUGUACAAUGCUGGAAUUUAUCCCUUUGAUUUCACUGCUAAGCAGUACAUUGAUCAAAAAGUUGAAUUAGUUAGUGGGACAAAAACAGAUGAAUACUUGGAGCAACUUGACAAGGCUCUCGAGGUCUGCAGUAGUAGAUUUCAGCCCCAAUUGAUUGUUUACAAUGCUGGAACAGACAUCCUGGAUGGUGAUCCAUUGGGCAGAUUGAAGGUAAGUCCUGAGGGUGUGGUUACCAGAGACGAGAAGAGAGCGGACUUCAUCGAUGGCUCAUCCACAGCAGCAAAGGCAUUCCCUCUGAAUCCCUUUUUUCAAUGUCAUUUCAUUUCGCAUCAGGAGUACUGUCUGCUUGGAAUGAACUGUGAAGCGAGAGUGAAUGCCGGCAAGAGGAGGGGAAAAUGGACAACAGCGAUCGCAGCGUCAUGGUCGUCGCCAGUCACGGAGCAGGUGGACGGCUUCAUCGGUGCUGACUGGUUGGACACGGACAUCUCUGGAUCACACAUGCUGCAGUCUUGGCUUCUUGGUUUUCCUGUGAAAGUAACUAGGGAAGACUUCCACGAAGAAUCUGGAUGUCCAUGUCCAAUUGUCCAUGCAAGUGGCAGCUUCCAGUCUUCCACUACGAGCUCGUUUCCUAGCAUGUGUCACGAGCAAAGAUAUGUGGAUUGCGCGGAGGACGACCGCCCGGGACUUCAGAUUCGUGUCUGGGAGAGUGCAACCAAACAGUGA